AUGGGAGGAAUAUUUGAUGCAUUCGAAGUUUAUAAUAAGAAGAAACACUCUUCAAACCCACAUAUGUUCGGAAACACGUCCAACACAGGGGGCACAAAGACGGACUACGUAUACUCCAGUGAGUAUCGCGCGCCCAAGAAAAACAAGCUCAUGAAAGACGAGCUUUUGGCUCCAGACAGCGAGCACGCCGACGGCGCGAAAGCGAUGUUGACCGAGAGCGCAGCGCAGGCCGGGACGCCAAACAUGGUGGACUUGUCGAAGCUGUCGCAGCACGAGCUAGAGAGCUUAAUGAAGGAUUUGCGUAAGGGGGAGCCUAACAACCGCGUGAACUUUUGA